AUGCACGCAGUAUCUACGCUUGUGUCCUUCGCGGGUGCGGUUUUUGGAUCGCACCUGGUCGACGCGUCGACUGUUCCGAACGGCUGCACCGCGCUGAGUGCCCGUCUCAGUGAUGUCGUCUUCUUCCAAAACAGCUCGGUCUACCAGUAUGAAGCGCAGGAAUUCUGGUCCAACACCGAGAAGAUGUCGCCCAGCUGCGUGUUUCGCCCACAAUCGAGUCAGCAGUUGGCCAAGGGGCUGGAGUCGCUGGUCGAUGCGGAGGCCAAAUUUGCCGUGCGAGGAGGCGGCCAUAUGGGUAUUCGCGGCUCCAACAAUAUUGACAACGGAGUACUUAUUGUCAUGUCGAACUUGACGACGAUGAAGUUGUCCCCGGAUCACUCGGUUCUCUCGCUCGGUCCUGCUUAUCGAUGGGAGGACGUCUACUCCUAUCUCCAGAAGGAUGAUUUGUCUGUGGCUGGCGGACGUCUGGGCCCUGUCGGAGUGCCCGGUUUGCUCCUUGCCGGCGGUGUCAACUUCUACGGCAACCAGGUGGGCUGGGGAUGUGACACGGUGAUCAACUACGAGGUUGUUCUGGCAAACGGUUCCAUCGUACAGGCCAACAAGGCCUCCUACCCGGAUCUGUUCUGGGCGUUGAAGGGCGGGAGCAGCAACUUUGGCAUUGUCACGCGGUUCGAUAUCGAGACUUUCAAGUCGCCUCGCGUGUGGGCUGGUUCGCAUACCGUGGCGGCCAAGUAUGUAGAUCGGUUCUUGGAGGCUGCUGCUAAAUACGCCUCCGACAUCUACGACCCCAAGACGCACAUCGUGCCCGCCCUAGUCCCUGGCGACGAGCUCCUGGCAUCUGUCAUUCUCUUCUACGACAGCCCGAACACAAGCUACCCCGAGAUCUUCAAGCCGUUCACCGACAUCCCGGCCAUCAGCAGCACGCUUGGUUUCAAGACCGUGUCAGAGUUUGCGGCGGAAACCGGUGCGAUGGUGGUCCCCAACAUCAACGAUGUCUUUGUGGCCGGUACCGUGGUAGGAACGACGUACGAUGAACUCCUCCAAGGCAUCAAGAUCAUCAACACGACCUUCUUCAACGAGCUGCCGAAGCUGUACGCGCAGAUCCCCGCCGCCAACAUCUCCACCAUCCAGCUGGACUGGCAGCCCAUCGGUGCCGACUGGAUGGCCGCCUCGGCCGCCAAGGGCGGUAACGCUUUGGGCCUGGAUCCUUCCAAGGUCUACCUCUGCUACGCCGAGGUGGUGGAAUGGAUCGGCUCUGUGUACGAUGAUAUUGUCGCGAAGUGGGUGGAGGACACCACGUACAAGAUCAACAAUGCCACACAGGCGGCGGGCCUGUACGAUCCCUUCAACUAUAUGGGCGACUCGGCCGGGUUCCAGUCUAUCUUCCCGGGCUACGGAGAGACUAAUCAUCGCAAGUUGCAAAAGAUUGCGCGCAAGUAUGACCCCUCGGGUGUCUUUCAAACUCUGAUGCCGGGUGGAUUCAAGGUGUUCUAA